UCGCAUGAUUAUCAAUAAGAUUAAAUGGGUUAAUAGACUUAAAAGUAAUAUAAAAAUAAUCAAAUAUGAGUAUUCCGGCCAAAGGGCCGGGUUAUAAGCUAGUAGAGUAUAGAGUCGAUCAUAAUCCUACCUACGUGAUUUUGAAGUUCGCUUGGGAGUCGGGGUUCAAAACUGGUAGUUUUAUAUAAGGAGUAAUUAAGGAUUAUGAGAUGGCGCUCCAGCUGAUGAUGAUUAAGCGAGUCGAUGGGGUAAUUACAUCUAUAUGUCGUCACUACUCGCGAGAUGGUUCAAUUUCACUGGAUGAGUGUGCUGUCUGUCCGAUACUUUUUUUUAUGAUGGUAACUUCAUAACAACAUAACAACAUAUCUUGUGCUCUUAGAUAAGUGGAUUGGAUUAGACUAAGUUCACAUUUUAUUAAGUAUGCUAGACUGCAAUUUAGCCUAUUAGUUGAUAGAUGGUGCAUUUGGAAACUCUGAACCCAAGUUGGGUAAUGAUGAUGGUCAAUGACGUGCCUUCUUACAUCAUGUUUCUAACAACAAAAAAACAUCGAUAUUAGACAUGAAACUAAGCAUUACUUCUAGGGGGUUGGACAUUUUGUUCAUUAAGAUAAUAAUCUAAUAAUGAGUAUUUCAAGAAGUUGGUACGUCAUCUGGUAGUCAUACAUUAUUGAUGCUAAUGUUGAAAAUACAUAAUUUCUAAGAUGGACAAGCUUGCAUUGUUCCUUUAGUCAUUAUGGAUUACUAAGUCAAUUAGGUUAAAGGGUUAGGUUUGGAUUUGUGUUUUUUUUUUCAGACUAGGGUUUAACCGUUUUAAGACAUUUUGAUACUUUAACUACUUAAGUGAUACAUGUUAGUAUUUGUGAGAAUUUGUUACAUGUUCAAACUUAAGUGACCAUUCUAGUAAAUUACCAUACUCAAGUGCGGCGACCAAACGACGUCACUUUCUCUCUAUCGAUCAAAACCUUUCUUCCUUCUGCGGCUCUCCUAGCUUUCCCAAAUAUCUCCGGUCUCUACCGUCGCUACUCCGGCGAAGGCGGCUGUCCUGGAUUUCUGGGUUUCCCCGGCGAACAGUUCGCUCUUGCGAAAUCCGAUCUCUUAACAAGGUAAACGCUGCUGCCUUCCCGUCAUCCGAAAGCCUCUCUUUUCUCACUCUAUCCCCUGAUGUUCCCGUCUUCUUUCCUCUAUCACUGCUAUUCUCUUGUGCCUUUUGUCGCACGAUCAUGGCGUUCCUAGGGAAUUCCGACUCCUCGAUCGCAUCAAAGGCAACCUUGUGAAUGAAUUGAGCUGUUUGUUUCUCUGAUUGCUUAGAAUUCCUGAGAUUUUAGGUCGAAAUUGGUUUGGGGAAAAGUUUGCCUAUGAAUGCAGAUAAUGAUGGUUUGAUUAGUGGCCUUAGUUCCAAAUCGAGCUACUUAGGGUUUCUAGCUCUUCCAUUACAAUAGAUUUAUAGGUUAUGAUCUGGUCUUAAAUAUAAUUCUCACUAGUUAAUGUUUCUGAUAAUUGCAGCACUUGGGUGGAAAAGAUGCAAGAUCCAAGAUUGCCACUUUCUGGUGAAAUUUCCAACGGUAAACCACGUAAGAAGAAAGCCCCAUCAACUUCCAGAGCUUCAGUGAUUCAGCUGAAAGGGAAUGAUGUACGAGAGAUUCAACAUGGGCAGGCUGCGGGAGUUCCUUUGCCUCUAAAAACUUCUCAGAAGUUGUCUAGCAAGAAUUUGGCAACGAAUGAGUACACUCCUACUACCAUGUUUCAGCAGACGGAGAGAUCGAACUCCGAUUCCUUGCCGGAAUCUUCUGGUUCGGGGAAUGAUUACAGGGCAUUGAGGAGGAAGUACUUGCUGUUGGAAGAGGAAAGCUUUGCAUUGGGAACCGAGUUGACUGAGGUUGAAGGCGAGGUAAACACUCUCGAGUACGAGAAGCUCGCGUUGUUGGAUCAGCUCAUUGUGCUUGAAGGUCUUGUUGACCCUUUGGGAGUGCAAGCCCCCUGAACUCCUUUUGCUACUGUGCUGUGAUUGUUGUACUUGGGAUACUGUGUUGUUAAUAGAUGGCUCAUGGCUUCUUCUGGAGUCCGAUAUGGUGGAAAAUGGAGCAGUUUGGUUUCUGGUUUUACAAGCUGUGCUAGAAAGGUUGGCGCAUAUAUACAUUGAGAGCUAAGAUUUUUUCAUGUUGAAAGAUUGAAAGGAGUAAGCAAAAGAACAAGUAAUGUGUAUUGCUGGCUUCUAAUGGAUUCAUUGUUGCUAUGCUCAUCGAGUGUUUUUGUUUCUGGCUUUCAUUGUUUGGAUGGAUUCCGUACUACACUUACUGUACUUCAGUACUAGUGAUUUUGAUGGGUCUUGAGUAGUAAUUACUUCAUUUCUUUCACUGCUAUCUGACAGUUUUGUUGUCAGAAACAUCAGGGGAGUUAAAAUCUAAGCCCUAUGGACUAUUAAGCUGCAAGUUACUCUAUCCUAGAUUGACUUAUGGCUUUACUGGGAUAAUCUGUGGAAAAAGUUUUAAUCUUUCGUCUGAUGUAUUGUGCUCUGUAUAUUCUUAUUAUCAUAGUUGUCCUAGCUGAAUUAGACUUGAACUUGAGACUACACAUAAAGGUAAGUCCAAAGA